AGCAUCGCUGCUGUGUUGUUGUAAUUUACUUCAGAUGAUUCUGGUUGUACUUGUUCGUAAGAAGUAUGUUUCAUUAACAUACCUUUAGAAACUUAAUUUUUUGAACGUGUUUUCUUCUACCGUUUAGAGAUUGAAAGACACCUUCGUGUUCCGCGGAUUGAUAGUGAAAGUCAGUUUCGUGUGAUAAAUUGCAAAAAAUCAAGAUGCCAGAAAACGAGUACGGCUCGAUAAAAACUGAGGAGGAGGCGCAGAUUCCACCUGAUAGAUCCCAAAGGCUAACGAAUGAAGAUUUUAGGAAACUUCUCAUGACACCAAGGUCGUCUGUUCCAUCGUCACUGCCUACUGCUCCAUCAAGGGAUGCUGUACCACCAACUCCAGAUGCUGAAGGUGAAGACAGAGCGGAGAGACGGCGUAAAAAGAAAAGCUUUUAUGCUAAGCUCAAAAAGCAAGAAGAUGAUAAAAUGGCCGAACUGGCGAAAAAGUACAGAGACAGGGCUGGCGAAAGGCGUGAUGGUGCCAAUCCAGAUUAUCAGGCAGAAGACCCACUCUCAACAGCUAGUGGGUAUAGAGCUGUUGCUCCUGAUCUUAAAUCUGGAAUGGAUGCUGCAGAACGACGAAGGCAGAUGAUUCAGGAAUCCAAAUUCUUGGGAGGUGAUAUGGAACAUACCCAUCUUGUGAAAGGCUUGGAUUAUGCUCUUCUUCAAAAGGUUCGUUCUGAGAUCCAAGCGAAAGAACAAGAACAAGAGGAAGAAAUGGAGAAGCUUGUAAAAACAAAAAAAGAACGCAAAGACGAGGAAGAAGAGAUGCAGUUCAAGACGAGGCUUGGUCGUAAUAUAUACAGAGCUGUUUUUAAGAUGAGACCAGCGGAACGCAAUGAGCUAUUUGUACCUGGUCGCAUGGCAUAUGUUGUAGACUUGGAAGACGAAUUAGCUGAAAGUGAUAUUCCAACUACUUUGAUCCGUAGUCGACAGGACGUUCCUGCUCUUGAAUCAACUGCCACACUUACCACAAAUGACAUUGUCAUCAAUAAGUUGGCUCAAAUAUUGUCAUAUCUGCGUGCUGGUGGUCGACAUGGAAGGAAAGGAAAGAAGAAAGGCGCCGCAGCUGCUGGAAAGAAACUAGCACAGCCGCAGGAUGACAGUAUCUAUGGAGAAAUUGGAGACUAUAUUCCAACUGGGCGUCGCCAAGAUGGAAGGACAGUCCGAUCUGGCCCAUACUUUGAGAAGCCCGGCGAAGGAGAUGGUGAUGAUGUGCUAGAUGAUCGCCCAACAGUUGAAGAACACCGAGAACCUGAACCACCUCCACCACAAGCAGCUACAGCUCCUGCCCCUCAAGCAAGACGACAAGAACCUAGUCGUGCCCAGCAGUUGCUUACUCGUUUGGCAGCUGAGCCAGAGGGCUAUGCAGAAUGCUACCCCGGGCUGGAAGAGAUGCAGGAUGCUAUUGAUGAUUCAGAUGAUGAAGUUGAUUAUACUAAAAUGGAUCUCGGCAAUAAAAAGGGUCCAAUUGGACGAUGGGAUUUUGAUACACAAGAAGAAUAUUCUGAUUAUAUGAACAGCAAAGAGGCAUUGCCCAAGGCAGCCUUCCAGUAUGGAGUGAAGAUGGCAGAUGGGCGCCGGACACGAAAAUACCACAAAGAGAAAAAUGAGAAAGCAGAAUUGGAUCGUGAAUGGCAGAAGAUCCAAAACAUUAUACAGAAAAGAAGAAUACCAGGACCAGUGGGUCCAGAACCAGACUUUAAAAAGCCAAAAUAUUAAUUUUUUCUGCCUUUUGAAUUUGCUUGUGACUAACAGUCAUUCAAUAAACUGUAUCUCUUACAGUACCUUUGUGCAUAAAAAAUGCUUAUUGCUGUUAUUUUCCUUAAUAGUUGAUCGUCUAUCUUUCAUUUAACUCUGUCUCUGUGUGUGUGUGUGUGUGUGUGUGUGUGUGUGUGUGUGUGUGUGUGUGUGUGUGUGAGAGAGAGAGAGAGAGAGAGAGAGAGAGAGAGAGUGAGAGUGAGAAUGCAUUUGUAGCCCCUUAACAACUUUUUCUUUUAAGAUAACUAGUGUUGUUUACAAUGUAUUGUUCCUUUGUAAAAGGAACUUAUGGAACGCAUAAUAAUUUUGCUAGAAAUGAAUACAUAAUUUCGCAAAUUGGGUAUUUUUUUAUAUAAAACUAGACUUGUUAUCUCUAAAUAAUAUAUGUAUAGUUCAGGGUCUUUUUUAUUUUUAGUGUCUUAAGUAAUGUCACUUACAGUCCUCUCAGUGUACAACCCAAAUCUCUAAUAUACUCCCUGCAAAUUGAUCCUGAAGUAAAUGUCUUCUCAUUUAUGGAUAGAUAACAAGACAGUUCUUAAGAGGAAUAUAACUAGAUGCUAAAUAAAUAAACAAACAAAUAUUCACAAGGAGAAUAUAAUAAUUUGUUAAAUGUUUCCUUGAUGAUUAAGUGUUAGGGGCAUGUAAUGAAAGUUUACAAUUUGUGCAAAUACAAAUUGAAACUGACCAGAAAAUUUAAUUUUACGGAGUUUUUCUUAAAGUUUUUCCAAUAAAUUAGCAAAAUUCAUUUCCUGAGUGCUUUGUUUAUUUUACCUCUAGUUAUUUAGUUUGUAUAUUUUACUCCUAGUGUAAUUCUAAGAUGUGAAGUGCAUAAUACAUAAUAAAUUAUGUGUAUGAAAUCAAUAGAGUUGGUAAAAUUGUAUGUUUCUGUUUUCUAAAGUGUUUUGAACAACUCAGUGUGUGUUUGAUUAGUUACUAUAUUUUUCAAUUCAUUGUUCUGUUCCAUUGCACCUUUAGUAGCCUAGCAACUUGUACAUUUUUACUCUCAUAGAUCAGUAAUACUGCUUGAAAGGAUAUGUUUUAACUUAAAAUGUCCGAAAGAGAAAUGAACAUUGAAAUUCUCUCUUUAACUUUUUCUAUUUCCCAGUGGUUUUAAAGUACCUUGUAAAUUAAAUUAAAUAAUGAAAGAAAGGAUCGAACUGAGAAGCCUAGUCUGACUACAUAUACGAGGGCUAUCCACAAAGUACAUUACGUUUUGGAAUUAAAAAAUAAAUAAAGUAUUCGAUUUUUUUUUUAUUAUAUACAGAUGAGAGCCACACUUAAAUACUACUUUUCUACAUAGUUGCCAUUUAAAUUAAGGCACUUGUCGUAGCGAUGGACGAGCUUGGAAAUUCCUUCGUCGUAAAAUUCGGCCGCCUGCGCCUUCAACCACGUGGUUAUCUCUUUUGGGACAGAAAAGGUGUGAUUUUAGUGGAUUUCCUGGAAAGAGGCACUACAAUAAACUCUCAAAGGUAUUGCCAAACCCUGCACAACCUCAGAAGAGCAAUACAAAACAAGCGCAGGGGAAAGUUGGGCUCAAAGAUCUUGCUGAUUCACGACAACGCCCGGGCCCACACGGCAAAUGCCACUCGUGAAGUUCUCGAAUCUUUUAAGUGGGAGUUGUUUCCUCAUCCGCCGUACAGUCCCGACCUGGCACCGAGCGACUUCCACUUAUUCCCAGCAAUGAAGAAGUGAUUGGCUAUGCAGCAUUUUGAUGACGACGCACAGCUUCAAGAAGAGGUAACCACGUGGUUGAAGGCGCAGGCGGCCGAAUUUUACGACGAAGGAAUUUCCAAGCUCAUCCAUCGCUACGAUAAGCGCCUUAAUUUAAAUGGCAACUAUGUAGAAAAGUAGUAUUUAAGUGUGGCUUUCAUCUGUAUAUAAUAAAAAAAUUCCAAUACUUUAUUUAUUUUUAAUUCCAAAACAUAAUGUACUUUGUGGAUAGCCCUCGUAUAUGAACAGUUUGGCCAUAAGUGAAAGUAGUUCUACAGAAACUGUUUUAGAGUAAAACCACCUUUGUUACACAUUUGUGAAGGUGAGGUACUUGACAAUGACAUUGUAAAUGACUGUAAACUCAAAAUAAUAUCAGAAAAUGGCCAAUAUAUCACCAACAAAAUUGAACAAAUUGAUGCAUUUCUAAGUGGUAGUAGUCCUCUUAUUUAUCCUGUGAAUGAAGUAGGGUGCAAAACUGAAGAAAUUUGUAGCAUUAAUUUAAGUAAUUAUAAAACUGUAAUUGUCUAUUGUAACAUAAAGGUGGUGGUGUUGGUAUUUAUAUCAUAAAUAAUGUGCCAGUGAGAAAAAAAUCAGUUGGAUAGAUACCGUAUUUACCAGAGUAUAAAACAACACUGAAUAUUAGAUGACCCCCCCCCCCC